AUGAGUGAAUGGCUAUCCAGAAAAGUUAACGAGUUGAAAUUAUCACCUUUGGAUGUCCUUAUUGUUGGUGGUACAGGUGGUUUAGGAAGAGCAAUCGGUAAAACUUUGGCUUCAUGUGGUGCCAGUGUCACUGUUGUUGGACAAACUUUUAGAGAUGAGGAUGUUCCAAAUAUCAAAUUUGUUAAAGCUGAUCUUAGUUCAAUUGAAAGGUCCAAAGGCGUUGCGAAAGCACUAGAUGUUUCACAAACAGACAUCGUCAUAUUUACUACUGGUAUAUUUGCAAAUUCCAAGAGGCAAGAGACUGAUGAAGGGAUUGAAAAAGAUUUGGCUGUUAGUUAUUUGAACCGCUUAGCAAUGACAAAUAUAAUUGCACCAAAGUUGAAAUCUUCUGUCAAUUCUUUUGGGUUCCAUCCUAGAGUUUUCUUUAUUGGCUUCCCAGGAAAAGGUCAACUAGGAGACCUUGAAGAUUUAAACCAAGAAAAAAAAUAUAAUUACUACACUGCACAUAUGAACACUGUUGCUGGUAAUGAAGCACUAGUGGUCAAUAGUAAAGAUAAAUUCAAGAAUGUAAAAUUUUAUGGAUUGAACCCAGGUAUUGUGAAGACUAAUAUUCGUGACAACUUGUUUGGCAAAGGUUCAUACUUAUCAUCUUCUAUUGAAACUGUUAUUGGCUGGUUUACCUACACACCUGAGCAGUAUGCGUCAAAUAUGGUUCCUUUAUUAGUUGCACCUGAGUUGGAAAAACCUUUGGAGAGUGUUGAAACAUUCCUGGUGUAUUACCACUGA